GCGCGCGCCCCCUCCCUCCCUCCCUCCCUCCCCCUCCCCCCAAUUUCCACCGCGGCCAAUUCAUGGACAGGAACUACCCCAGCGCCGGCUUCGGGGACCCGCUCGGCGCCGGGGCGGGAUGGAGUUACGAGAGGUCAGCGAAAGCUAGCUUGGUCUAUGGCAGCUCCAGGACCUCGCACCCCGAGACGGACAUCUUACACCGCCAGGCCUACGCGGCCCCCCACCCACUGCAAAGCUAUGCCACCAACCACCACCCGGCAGGCCUCUCUGGACUCUUCGACACUGGCCUCCACCACGCGGGCUCAGCAGGGCCCGACGCCUCCGUCAUGAACCUCAUCUCGGCCCUGGAGUCCCGGGGCCCGCAGCCUGGCCCCUCUGCCUCCUCUCUCCUCUCCCAGUUUCGCAGUCCUUCCUGGCAAACAGCCAUGCACACGCCAGGCCCCACGGAGCUCUUCAUCUCAGGCGCUCUGCCGGGUUCCAGCACCUUUCCAUCUUCCUCUGCCCUGUCGGCCUACCAGCACCCGGCUUCCUUUGGCAGCCGCCCCUUCCCAGUGCCCUCAUCCCUCAGCCUCCAGGACCCCCCAUUCAGUCCCCCGGCUAAUGGGCUCCUGUCCCCUCAUGAUGUGCUGCACCUGAAGCCCUCACAGGCACCCACGGUGCCCUCCUCACUAGGCUUUGAACGCCUGGCGGGGGGCGGUGUCCUGGGUCCCGCUGGUCUCGGCCCAGCCCAGACCCCUCCUUACCGCCCUGGUCCCCCAGACCCACCACCACCUCCCCGCCACCUCCCAACUCAGUUCAACCUGCUGGCUUCCUCUUCUGCUGCUGCUGCCGCCGCCGAGCAAUCCUCCCCACAGCUCUACAACUUCUCGGGUGCUGCCCCGGGACCGCCGCCGCCAGAGCGGGCCCUGCCCCGCCAGGACACCGUCAUCAAGCACUACCAGCGGCCGGCCAGUGCCCAGCCCCCACCGCCUCCGCCACCAGCCCACGCCCUCCAGCACUACCUGAGCUGUGGAGGCAGCUAUCCCUCUAUGGGCCACCGGGCCAACCUGGCCUGCAGCCCCCUGGGCGGUGGGGAGCCCUCCCCGGGCGCUGGGGAGCCUAGCAAGGCUGGGCCCAGUGGAGCCACGGCCGGGGCGUCGGGCCGGGCUGCAGGCCCUGAGGCGGCCGGGGGAGGUGGGGCCGGGGGUGGCGGCGGAGGUUACCGCCCCAUCAUUCAGUCGCCUGGUUACAAGACGGGCAAAGGCGGUUACGGAGCAGCUGCGGGGGGUGCCAACAGGCCCCCACCGCCCCGUUCAACCGCCACGCCCAAAUGCCAGAGCCUGGGUGGGCCAGCAGCGGCCUAUGCCACUGGGAAGGCUUCUGGGGCUGGCGGCACAGGAGGCCAGGCUUAUUCCCCUGGGCAGCCCCAAGGGCUUCUAGGACCCCAGGCCUAUGGGCAAGGGUUUGGAGGGGGUCAAGCACAGGACUUGAGCAAAGGCCCUAGCUACUCAGGGGGGCCCCCGCAGCCCCCCAGCGGCCCCCCGCCUCCUGGCUUAGCCACGUGUCAGAGUUACUCCCCGGACCAGCUGCAGGGGCAGCUCUAUGGGGUGCAGGGCGAGCCGUACCCAGGGCCAGCUGCCCACUCCCAGGGGCUGCCCACGGCCAGCCCCUCGCUCAGCUACAGUACUGGCCAUUCCCCAGCGCUCUCAGGCCACGGGGGUGGCUGGGGGCCCAGCUCCCUGGGGGCCGGUGGAGAGGCCAGCCCUUCCCAUAUCAUCCGCCCAUUGCAGUCCCCACCUGCCCCCGGCCGCCCGCCUGGAGUCGGCUCUCCGGGAGCCCCUGGCAAAUACCUGAGCUCUGUCCUGGCCUCAGCCCCAUUCCUGGCGCCCCCAGGAGCCGGCAGCUAUGCGGCUGGAGCAGGUGGCUACAAGGGCAAGGGGGACGGCUCAGAGCUGCUGGCGGGCCCCGGUGGGCCUCCCGCCGAGCGCACGGAGGAUGAGGAAUUCCUCAUCCAGCACCUCCUGCAGGCGCCCAGCCCCCCACGGACCUCAGGGGCAGAUGGCUUGGUGGGCGAAGAUGGGGCGGCGGACGCCUCUAAGGGACUUGGAGGGAGUGGCGGGGCUGGGGGUCCCCCGGGCACACCCUACGAGCUGGCCAAGGAAGACCCCCAGAGGUACCAUCUGCAGAGCGUCAUCCGUACCAGUGCCAGCCUCGAUGAGGGUGCCACAGCCGCCCUGGAGCUGGGCCUGGGGAGGCUGAAGGAGAAGAAGAAAGGGCCAGAACGGGGCGGCGAGACCCCUGAGGGGUUGGCCACCUCAGUUGUCCACUAUGGGGCAGGUGCCAAGGAGCUGGGGGCCUUCCUCCAAAAGAGCCCGCCACCCCCACCUCCCACGGGCCAGCCCGCCCAGCCCACCCCCCACGGCCUCCUUCUGGAGGCGGGGGGCCCUGACCUCCCUCUGGUGCUGCCCCCACCUCCCCCCCAGCUGCUCCCCUCGGUCCUCAGCCACGCCCCCAGCCCCUCUUCCAGCGCCCCCAAAGUCGGUGUCCAUCUCCUCGAGCCAGCCACCCGUGAUGGGGCGCCCCAGCCGCCCCCGCCGCCCCCUCCUCCACCACCCAUGCCUCUCCAGCUCGAGGCCCACCUCCGCAGCCAUGGCCUGGAGCCCGGCGCCCCCAGCCCCCGCCUGCGACCUGAGGAGAGCCUGGAGCCGCCGGGGGCCAUGCAGGAAUUGCUUGGGGCCCUGGAGCCGCUGCCCCCUGGGCCUGGUGACACUGGUGUGGGCCCACCUAACGCCGAGGGCAAGGAUCCCUCGGGCGCCUACCGCAGCCCCAGCCCGCAAGGCACCAAGGCCCCCCGCUUCGUGCCACUCACUUCUAUCUGCUUCCCUGACUCUCUGCUCCAAGACGAGGAGCGCAGUUUCUUCCCCACCAUGGAGGAGAUGUUCGGGGGAGGGGCGGCCGAUGACUACGGCAAGGCCGGGCCACCCGAGGACGAGGGUGAUCCCAAGGCGGGGACCGGGCCACCUCCGGGCCCCCCUGCCUAUGAUCCCUACGGGCCCUACUGCCCUAGUCGGGCACCUGGAGCCGGGCCGGAGACGCCGGGCCUGGGCCUGGACCCCAACAAGCCGCCUGAGCUGCCCUCCACGGUCAACGCCGAGCCCCUGGGCCUGAUCCAGAGUGGGCCACACCAGGCAGCCCCGCCGCCCCCGCCAGCCCCGCCGCCACCUGCCUCGGAGCCCAAGGGAGGCCUGACCUCGCCUAUCUUCUGCUCCACCAAGCCAAAGAGGCUGCUCAAGACGUCCUCCUUCCACCUGCUCCGGCGCCGCGACCCGCCCUUCCAGACGCCCAAGAAGCUGUACGCCCAGGAGUACGAGUUCGAGGCCGAUGAGGACAAGGCCGACGUGCCCGCAGACAUCCGCCUCAACCCCCGGCGCCUGCCUGACCUGGUGUCCAGCUGCCGCUCCCGCCCGGCCCUCUCGCCACUGGGCGACAUCGACUUCUGUCCCCCCAACCCGGGCCCCGAUGGCCCCCGGCGCCGCGGCCGCAAGCCCACCAAGGCAAAGCGCGAUGGCCCACCCCGGCCCCGGGGGAGGCCCCGGAUCCGCCCGCUGGAGGUCCCCACCACCGCUGGGCCCGCCUCGGUCUCCACGCCCACCGAGGGGGCCAAGAAACCCCGGGGCCGGGGCCGCGGCCGGGGCCGGAAGGCCGAGGAGGCAGGGGGCACCCGGCUGGAGCCCCUGAAGCCGCUCAAGAUCAAGCUGUCUGUGCCCAAGGCCGGCGAGGGUCUGGGAGCCUCCUCGGGUGACGCCAUAUCGGGCGCUGACCACAACAGCCUGGACUCGAGCCUGACUCGGGAGAAGAUCGAGGCCAAGAUCAAGGAGGUAGAGGAGAAACAGCCAGAAAUGAAGUCGGGCUUCAUGGCCUCCUUCCUGGACUUCCUCAAGUCAGGCAAGCGCCACCCACCACUCUACCAAGCCGGCCUGACGCCCCCACUCAGCCCCCCCAAGAGCGUGCCGCCUGCUGUGCCAGCCAGAGGCCUGCAGCCGCAGCCCCCCACCGCGCCUGCCGUGCCACACCCCCCACCCACCGGCGCCUUCGGGCUCGGGGGCGCGCUGGAGGCAGCCGAGAGCGAGGGGCUGGGGCUCGGCUGCCCUUCGCCCUGCAAGCGCCUGGACGAGGAGCUGAAGCGGAACCUCGAGACACUGCCUUCCUUCUCCUCGGACGAGGAGGACUCUGUCGCCAAGAACCGGGACCUGCAGGAGAGCAUCUCCUCGGCCAUCUCCGCCCUCGAUGACCCGCCCCUUGCUGGGCCCAAGGACACCUCCACCCCCGACGGGCCCCCCUUGGCUGCAGAGGCUGCAGUCGCGGGCCCACCCCCUCUCCCGGGGCUCCCCAGCGCCAGCAGCAGUGGCACACCUGAGCCCCCGCUGGAGCCCGCCGCCCCGUCCCCCGACGACCCCGAGCCGCCGGACGCCCGGCCGCUGCACCUGGCCAAGAAGCAGGAGACGGCGGCCGUGUGCGGGGAGACGGACGAGGAGGCGGGCGAGAGCGGCGGCGAGGGCAUCUUCCGCGAGCGCGACGAGUUCGUCAUCCGCGCCGAGGACAUCCCGUCCCUCAAGCUGGCAUUACAGACAGGGCGCGAGCCCCCACCCAUCUGGCGAGUCCAGAAGGCCCUGCUGCAGAAAUUCACUCCAGAAAUCAAGGAUGGGCAGCGGCAGUUUUGUGCCACCAGUAAUUAUUUGGGGUAUUUUGGGGACGCGAAAAAUCGGUACCAGCGCCUUUAUGUCAAGUUCCUGGAAAACGUGAACAAGAAGGAUUACGUGAGGGUCUGUGCUCGGAAACCCUGGCACCGGCCCCCAGUGCCCGUCAGGCGCUCCGGGCAGGCCAAGGGCCCCAUGUCUGCGGGGGGCAGCUCUGCACCUCCCCCCAAGGCCCUGGCACCACCUCCUAAGCCUGAGACCCCUGAGAAAACAACAUCUGAGAAGCCCCCAGAGCAGACGCCCGAGACAGCCAUGCCCGAGCCCCCUGCCCCUGAGAAGCCAUCCCCCCCACGGCCCGUUGAGAAGGAAAAGGAGAAGGAGCGGGUGACACGUGGGGAGCGGCCGCUGCGGGGUGAGCGAGGCGUGACUGGGCGACAGACACGGCCUGAGCGGAGCCUCACUGCGGGACAGCCCGCCACCUCCCGGCUGCCCAAGGCCCGGCUCACCAAGGUGAAGGCCGAGCCGCCCCCCAAGAAGAGGAAGAAGUGGCUGAAGGAGGCGGCGGGCAACGCCGCGGCGGGCGGGGGCCCCCCAGGCAGCUCUUCGGACUCGGAGUCAUCCCCCGGAGUGCCCAGUGAGGACGAGCGGGCAGUACCCGGGCGUCUGCUGAAGACCCGGGCGAUGCGGGAAAUGUACCGGAGCUACGUGGAGAUGUUGGUGAGCACAGCGCUCGACCCGGACAUGAUCCAGGCCCUGGAGGACACACAUGACGAGCUGUACCUCCCGCCCAUGCGGAAGAUCGAUGGCCUUCUGAAUGAGCACAAGAAGAAAGUCCUGAAGCGGCUGUCACUGAGCCCAGCCCUGCAGGAUGCCCUGCACACGUUCCCCCAGCUGCAAGUGGAGCAGAGCGGGGAGGGCUCCCCGGAGGAGGGGGCCGUGCGGCUGCGGCCGGCCGGGGAGCCCUACAACCGCAAGACGCUCAGCAAACUCAAGAGGAGCGUGGUCCGAGCCCAGGAGUUCAAGGUUGAGUUGGACAAGUCGGGAUACUACACGCUCUACCACUCACUCCACCACUAUAAGUACCACACCUUCCUGCGCUGCCGGGACCAGACCCUGGCCAUCGAGGGCGGCGCUGAGGACCUGGGCCAGGAGGAGGUGGUCCAGCAGUGCAUGCGGAACCAACCGUGGCUGGAACAGCUCUUCGACUCCUUCAGCGACCUGCUGGCCCAAGCACAGGCCCACAGCCGCUGCGGGUGACCCCACCCCAGCCUGUGGGGGGCGGGGUGCCUCCUCCAUGAACCGAGAAUUGGGACAGAACUGUGUCCUCAGGAGCUAACCCCGGGGCCCGUUGCCAGGGAAGGGGAGGGGUCAUUGGUCAGGGUGUCUCCAUGCUGCCCCCCAGGGCAGGGUUCAAAGUUCGACUCCCCCCCACCCCGACCCCCAAGCCCUCACCACUCCUUCCCCAUUCCUCCCACUGUCCGGUGUACAGAGAAAUUAUUUAUAUAUAUGUAUAAAUGUCUAUUUAGUAACGGUUUCCCUCCCCCCUUGCCCCAAUCCCCCCUCCACGGCCAUAGCCCCCGCCCCCUCCACCUUGUACAUAAUGUAUAGGAAAAGUCUAUGUAUGGUUGAGGGGGUUGGGGCGGCUUCAGAGAGCUGGGGGACCCCCUCCCCCCCAAAUCACUCCUUAAUAGGCCAAGAUCUUUGCUAAAGGCCAUUCCCUCCCCAGGGCAUUUGGCAUCGGGUGGGAGGGGGAAAAUGCAUCUUGUUAAUUAUUUUUAAUCUUAUUUA